CAGAACUCACUUCCGCGUUUGCCCGGUGUGCCGGGCCGACGGUAAGACAGGGUGACGAAAGGGUCGAGGUUUACCGUCCUUUAGGGUCUAGAAAGGUAUUUGCAGAAGAAUGUGUCAAGGCAGGGCUCCGAAAAGCAGUUGAUGAACAGGAGUCAUGGCGGAGAGUGCUGAAAUGGACGGCAGUGUGGUGUGGAGUAGGGACUGCCUGCGGAGACAUCGGGUGAGGUUCAUAGACAACAUGAACGACGUGACCGUGAGACAGGUGCUAGAUCGGCUGGCUGACCGAAUGUUGGAUGAAGAACGGGAGAGAAUCCUCUGUGAUGGUCAAGUUGGCGUCACAACUAAUGACAGGAUACGGAACCUGCUAGACACCCUCCCUACCAAAGGCCAGCGGACCAUAGACGCCUUCAAGCGCGCGCUCUGGGACUGCGAGUGUCGGUUCCUCGUUAACGAGAUAGAUCAGAUCGAGAGACAGAGAGCACAGUAGUGAUCACGGAACAAAGUGAUAUGAUGAAAAACAUUUUAAUGCACAUGUAUACCCCCAAUGGAUUUAAGUGCAAGUUCUAACUGUGACUGCAAACUAGGAUGUAUUCUAACGGGCACGGCUAAAAACGACUGUCGUCUCACGGUAGAUAUCGCCAGUACAGAGAGUUCUGUACGAGAUUGAGAUCACACAUUCAAAAGCGUCCCCUGAUGACCACAAACCAACCUUGUAUCUUACUAGCCUCCUGUGCAGGCUCCGGGGCCAGUGGGAAUUUUGAUACAGCGUUUUGAAGAGUUUUUAACGCGUUCUUUUAAUAGCCGGCCAUCCUACAACCAGCCGCGAGAGAAGGUUCCAUUCCACCCGUGGAAUGGAACCUUAAAACCUCUUCAAAACGCUGUAUCAAAAUCCCCACCCGCGCCGGAGCCUGCAAAGGAGGCUAGUAUCUUACUAUAAUUGUGGGAGAGUUGAUUGCUCCUAUAGGCUAUACUUUUUGAAUGGAGGGUGCUUUUAAAUAUGUAUGAAAUGUCUCCUAUUCAUGAUUUUAAAUGCUUAUCUAAGUUUUUUUUAUGAAAAUUAAAUAUAAUCAAUAGAUAAUAUUCAAGUAUCUGUGUUCUUAUUCCUUAAGUAAGGCGUCAAAGUGCAACUACAAUAAGAUAUAUGAAGUCUUCUCGUUCUAAACAACCUUCUUGUUCUAAAUACCAUGUCAGUAGCUGUUAGAGCACUAAAGUGUGAACACAUCUAAAUGAGACACAUUGACUGAGGCCUUCAAGCUAG